GCACACUGCCCUCACGUGCCCCCCACCUAUCUAGCCCGGUAAUUGGCCUCAUCGUAUGACGUCACAAAGCCGCUACAGUUAAUCCUUCCUUCCACAGACCAGAGGGGCAGGGGUUGCACAUUUCCGUUCGUAUUUGUGUACCAGUGCGUUGCAGCAGCAGUACGUGUGCCGUACCGUAUUGUAUAGAGGCGUGUCUGGCCUCAUCUGAAUGCUUAUAUUAGCGAGUCGCGCUGCAUUGCGCCUCGGCGCUCCACUCCUCCAUUGCUCCGCGUCACAGCCCGCUAGCAUGUCACAGCUCUGUGCCCGGCAGGACGUGUUCAACAAGCCCAAGGUUGAGCUCCAUGUCCACCUUGAUGGAGCCAUCCGGGUAGAAACAAUUCUUGAUGUUGCUAGGAGACGUGGCAUCACUCUGCCAGUCAGCACGGUGGAGGAGCUGAGGCAGAUUAUUAUAAUCCAAAAGCCGGCAACGCUUACGGAGUUCCUGGGAAAGUUUGCAGAGUACAUGCACGUCAUUGCUGGAGACCGAGAUGCCAUAAAGAGGAUAGCCUAUGAGUUUGUGGAGGACAAAGCGAAGGAAGGGGUGAUUUACGUGGAGGUCAGAUAUAGUCCACAUCUUCUAGCCAACACUAAAGUGAAGCCCAUCCAAUGGAACCAGGCAGAGGGCAACGUGAGUCCAGAUGAGGUGGUACGACUCGUCAACGAGGGCCUCAGCGAGGGGGAGAGGGCCUUCCAUGUCAAAGCCAGGUCCAUUCUAUGCUGCAUGCGCCACAUGCCAAGCUGGUCUGCAGAGGUCGUGGAGCUGUGUAAGAAGUUUCGCCAUGAGGGCGUGGUUGCCAUCGACCUGGCGGGUGAUGAAUCACUCAACUGUGAAUCCUAUGCAGGACACCGCAAGGCCUAUGAGGAAGCAGUACGUUGUGGGAUCCACCGUACAGUUCAUGCAGGGGAGGUGGGCCCGGCCUCUGUGGUGAAGGAGGCUGUAGAUGUGCUGAAGGCUGAACGAGUAGGCCAUGGUUACAGGACCCUGGAGGACCAAGAGCUGUACAAACAACUAUUAGCUCAAAAUAUGCACUUUGAGUUGUGUCCACUCUCUAGUAAGAUAACAGGUGCCUGCACUGCAGAUUUCACCCAGCAUCCUGUCAUCACUUUCAGGAAGGACAAAGCCAACUACUCCCUAAAUACUGACGAUCCGUUGAUCUUCAACUCCACCCUGAACCUGGACUACAGUAUCGCAGAGGAGCACAUGGGCUUUACUGAGGAGGAAUUUAGGAGACUGUGACGUCCCUUCUGCUCCAGACACUGCUGGCAACGCGAAGCAAUGGAAUCGCGUGCAGAUUGUUGCAGAUCUCAUAGCGUAGACAUUAUCUUUUAGGUAUCCCAUCAUUUUUAAUUUUUUUUUUAAAGAGUCUGGUGGUGUGAGGUCUGUUGAGUGUGGAGGGUAGUCAGGUAGGACAAGAUUCCUACUGUACAUUAGGAGUGUGAACUGGGAAAAUCUGUUUCAAGCCACAUUGGAUAGGAAAAAAAGGACACUGUUAAAUAUACACUGUAGAGAAGUGUAUACAAAUGUCACUUUUGUACAGUGUUUAAUAGCGUAUGUUAUAUUUAUUACACUCACCCAUUGGUUUGUGUGUAUUGUUUGAUGCUGCUGCUCCAUAUUACCUGUAAACAGCCUUGCUCUAGUGAGACGGAAAAAAACAUCUGAUAAACUGGUCCAACUAAGUGCCAAUUGAGUUAAACAAACUCAGUACUGCGAAUCACCAGCGGUCAUUAUCAUUUACAGCUGAACAAGGUUACACUUGGCAUGACAGACUGUUGCAGCAAGUGUAUACAUUUUUUGGGACACCCUGUAUACAUGACAAUCAAAAAAAAAAAUACCGGCAGUGCUUAAGUAUCUUCUCGCUUCUCUGGCAUCCGUGAUAACUCAAAUCACUGCGCCAGUAAACACAAAUAACUUUGGUCUUGCUGCGAGAGCCAUCUGCCGGGGCUUCGAAGCUCAAUUUUCCAAUCAAAAUACCCUUUUCUUUGUCCAUUUCUGCAUCAUAUUGGUUCCCGCUUGUGGCUCCGCAGUCACCGCUACUUCCUCAAACUACAGUGUUGGCCGAGGGUCAAACAGGAUGUGCACAUGUAAGUUGCGCGUCAAAAAAAAAAAAAUUGUGGCGUUGAAGGAAACUUCCGUUAACACGUUAUCAACGCUUUGACAGCCUUAAUAUAUAUAUAUAUAUAUAUAUAUAUAUAUAUAUAUAUACAUAUAUACAUAUAUAUAUAUACCCCGCCUGUUGCCCGAAGUCAGCUGGGAUAGGCUCCAGCAUGCCCCCGCGACCCUAAUGAGGAUGAAGCGGUAUAGAAAAUGGAUGGAUAGAUAUAUAUAUAUAUAUAUAUAUAUAUAUAUAUAUACUGUAUAUAUAUAUGUAUGUACUGUAUGUAUGUGUGUGUAUUUACAGAGUAUAUGUUUUCCUGUCCCGUUUUAUAGUAAGAAGUAGAUCAUUUUAGGACCUUAGGAGUAUCAGUGCCGCUUAGUGUUAACUAGGUGGACAAAAAAGGUUUGCAACUCACGCAUGUAAACUGAGAUUUCACAGAGAGUCAAGGCCUACAUGUAAACUGAGUGAUUGAUCAGUGAAGAUAUUUUUACUAACUAAAAUUGCCUAAAUGU